CAGGAAACACACAAGGGCAGGAAUCAACACAAUCAACAGACACACAAAACUCCUUGCUGACAUUUCGACUGUGGCUGUCAAUAGAAAACUAUCUCAACCAGAGCAAAGACAAUGUUGUACUGUAGUGGCUUGGCGACGUGUCAGCAGCUCUGAAGAGUCUCUUCUGAAGCUCGUCCUCUGACCCUCCAGGACUGAUCUCUACCAAACCUGAAACAGCCCUGGAAUGUGUCUGAAACUCCUCACCCAGUGGACAGCUUACUUUUACAAUCAAGACACAUCUCUUACCAAAAACAACAGGGAGGGAAACUUCAACUCCCGGCCCAAACACAUUCAGAAACAGCAGAAAACCUCACGACUUUCUCUCUUGAGGUCACUGAACCAAGAAAUACGAUGGGGGAUACAAAAUGUCCAAGCUGUACUAUGAAUUUUAAGGUGAAUUUUUUACCAGGAAAGUGACAGAAAAACUAAAGGAACAAUGAGCGUCACAGUCACAACACCAGCAACAAACACAAACUCAACCCAUGUGUGUGUUAAAAUCGGCGAGAGCGCCAUCAGUGAUAUCCUGAUGUCUGUUUACAUCCUGGCUUUUAUUUUUGGUGUGAUCUUCAAUGUGCUGACUCUAGGCCCUAUUUGGCAACAAGUGCGGCAGCAAAACGUUUUGGGUAUCUUCCUCCUUAACCUGUCCCUCUCUGACAUGCUUUUCAUCUUCACUAUGCCCCUGUGGAUCAAUUAUUAUCGGCAGGACCACAACUGGCAACUAGGUGUUAUGUCCUGCAGUAUAGCUGGCUUCUUCUACUACUCCAACAUGUACAUCAGCAUCUACCUGCUCUGCUGUAUCUCCGUAGACCGCUGCCUGGUGGUCAUGUACCCGCUACGCUCCAAGACCCACCGAACAUCAUGCUAUGCCUGGGCACAGUGUGCCAUUAUUUAUGUUUUAGUGGUGGUGCUGCACAUCAUGGUGCUUUUCAAUGACAAUCUCAAAGAUGCCCAUGAUGACAAGGGCAGCAAUGACCGUUGUUAUGAGACUUAUCCCCUGCAGAAGCCUGUUGCCUUGUUCAACCUGAUCAGAGUGGGCAUCGGCUUCCUACUGCCCCUGCUGGUGUUGGCGGUAAGCUACUGGAAGGUGCUGGCCACUGUGGGCCAGAGUCCUGGCCUGACUGCCCAGGCUAAGCGGAAGGUCCGCCUGCUGUCCUUUGGAGUGAUUGGGAUCUUCUCAAUUUGCUUUGCUCCUUAUCACAUUUUCCUGCUCGCACGCUCGCUAGUCUUCUAUUACAGUGAAAACAUACACCCCGGAGGAAGCUAUUGCAUUUUUGAACAAACCGUCCACUUCUUCUUCUCGUGCACGCUGGCACUAUCCAGUCUGAACUGCGUGGUGGACCCUGUGCUGUAUGUGCUGGUCAGUAACGGAGUCCAGGAGGAGGUGAAACUAUGCUGGAGGAGGCAUAGAAGGACACUGACAGAGGACUAUGCUCUGAAUUUAUCCAACAGAGGAAGGUCAAGUAAUAAUUUAAUAUGAAACGUAAGCUCCACAUGGGUGGACAAAUGCAUCUGUGCAUUUGUAUGUAAAUGUGUGCGUAUGUGCAUACGUAAACAUGAUUAUGCAUAAAGCUAUAGCUGUUUAACAUCAAGUCUGCAUCUCCAGUGUUAGCAAGUAUGUAGCAGUAUUAUUUACAUCCAAAAGUCAACCCUUUGUGUACAAUCAGAUAUCCUUUGAGAGUACCACAUUGCCACCUUUGUCUGUUUUUUUUUUCUCCCUCAUACCCUGCACACUGUAGAGGAGGGGGUUGAAUAAGAUGCAUAUUAGAGCUCUGUAAUUGGAUUGUAGUCCCAGAUUCUGCUCUCCCAAGAGUUCUUCAGUUGCAGCCACCUCUGGUUUGUAGAUAGGCGCCACUAUAAUUGAAGAAACCUUGUUUUUCCCCUCAGAUCUAUAUAAGGAUGUUGUGAUUGUUAUUGAGUGAACCUGGUAUAGCUUAAAAUUAAUCAACUCUGAAGCAUGCCAUAAAAUACAUUUAUUAACACGAACAUGUGUCCUCAGUGUCUGUCCGUCAGUUAAGCAUGUUAAAUGUGA